UCCCCUUUCAGUUAAAUGUCUUAUGUGUUUGUUUCAGGGAGGAGGGAAGAGAUUGGAAAGUUGAGUGCUUUCAGGACUUCAUUUGGUGGACAAGUUUUGUGUAAUCCAAGUUUUUGUGGGACACAAUUAGCUAUUAACAACCAUGGAAACCGUUUAGUUGUUAACUCACUGCUUGGAAGGAGGGUGAAGACUAGGACCCGAGAAACUGUGGUUCCAGAACCAGAUUAUAGGAUUCCAAUUGUGCUACUUGGAGUUGCUGGUGGGUUGGCCUAUACAGAGAAUUUGGUACCUGCAGUUCCUGUUGGCCUUCUUGGAUUGCUUCUCUUGGUUCAGGCCACUAGAGUGAGAUUCGUCUUUGAUGAUGAGGCUCUGGAAGUAAGGAUAGGUGACCAGCUUGAGGAAUCAGGAGAAAAUGCAUUUGUGGGAGGAAAAAACCGCUGGAAGUACUCAACAUUUGUUAAUUGGGAAUUCUGGUGGCCUAACUUCCCUAUUUUAGUCUACUUCAAGGAGACACAAACAAAGCCUGAGGGACAAAUUCAUUUCUUCCCAAUAAUCUUUAAUGGGAAGCAGCUUUAUGAUGUUAUGGUGGAAAGAGCUGGACCUUCAAAAACUAGUGGUCCAAAAGAAUCCUAAAGAGCUAGCUGUGUGAUUAGAUCCUCAGAUAUUAAAAGUUCCUGUUACUCCUGCACAUUGCUCUCUGUUGAUUCAAAUUGCACACAAAUUGAAGCUAAAGAAUUCAUUCAAUGUUGACCAAGAAGAUAAAAUUCGUUCAAUAAUAUUCUGGAGUCUUGUUGGAACAUAUGUGGAUACUUUCGGUUUCUAUUGAUAUUGAUCAAUUGUAUUUGCCAUCAUAGAUGGUGUAUUGAAUAACGUACACAAUACCUAUGUAUAUAGUUUCUGUUCUGUUGGCUGCUACAGAUGAUAGGUUCACUCUAUAAUUUAUACGUCCAUAUUGUUUUAUGACACCAAAAAUGAUAUCAUGAAUUUUAAUUUUUAAAUCC